AUGGAGAGAUAUGCAAUUAAUCUAAUCAAAUUGAGUAAGUCACUAACCGACUCCGGUUCGGUACAGUCUUGCACAUUUUCUGCAGGUAGAAUUCAGCAGCUAGCACAGAGAGUGAGCACGCAGAGAAAUUACACUGCUCCUGCUCUGCCUCCGGCUCCUGCUGCUGGACCUCUGCAGCUUCAGGCAUCGUCAUAUCCUUCUCCAGCUCCGGCUCAGACUCCUUUGCAGACUCACGCAUCUUUGUGUCCUUCUUCAGUCUCUCGUCCAUCAGGGCGUCCUCUGAAUUCCGCGGUCUGCACAAUGCCUCAGCCAAGACAGCCUCUGAUAUCCAACACAACUCCAACUCUGUCAGCUUCUCCUGCAACUAAUCAAGUUGCCAAUGCAAGUCUACGCCCCUCUUCUGCACCACACCUCAACUCAUAUAGGCCAUCCUCUUCAAUUCCUGGCUCCACAGCUACUCCAACCUCAGCGCCGCCUCCUCAAGCUUUAACAUAUACAGGUAUGUUAAUUCAGCAGCAGCAGCAAGAACAACAACCACAACAGGGAUUGAGCCGUGGAUUGCAGGGGAACGGGAAUGUGGUUUGUCUUUCGGAUGAUGAGUGAUGUAAAUGGAGAGAUGUUUUAGAGUCUAGUUGUUGAUUUAGAGAGAAGUUAAAAAAAAAAAUGUCUGUAUAUAUAAUAAUUAGGUUACCUUAUGAUAAAUAUCGAAGUGUAUUGUUUUUGAUGCGACUUUUGUAGAUGCAAUUAAUCUAAUCAAAUUGAGUAA